AUGACUGAGAAGCAAGAGUACCUUGCUGAAAAUGACUUCAUCGACGAGAAGGUCGACGCUGAGCGCGCAUCCAUCGUCCUCGAGGAGGAAGAGAACUCUCCCAUCCCCGAGGUCGCUGCUAUCGUCUCCAACAAGGAUGAGCCCGGACUGCCUGUCAUGACCUUCCGUUACUGGGUCAUGGCCGUCCUCUUCUCUUGCCUCCUUUCCUUCUUCAAUCAGUUCUUCUGGUUCCGCACCCACCCCAUGACCCUCUCGACUUUGGUCAUCCAGCUUCUCUCUUACCCUUUCGGACGCUUCAUGGCCCGUGUUCUCCCUGAAGGUCCUCUCAACCCUGGUCCCUUCAACAUCAAGGAGCAUGUCCUCGUCGCCUUGACCGCCAACUGCGCUGGUGGUACCGCCUACGCUGUCGACAUCACCGUAAUCCAAAAGGUUUUCUAUGGCCAGGAUUUCGGUUUCCUUGCCAACUUCCUCCUCAUUCUCACCACCCAGAUGUUGGGUUUCGGUAUGGCUGGUGUCCUCCGUCGUUACCUCGUCUACCCUGCCGCCAUGAUCUGA